UCAAGGCCAUACUUGUCAAUAUCACAUGAUACGGGUGAUACCUGCUUUCAUGUGAUCGAAAAUUAAUUAGAAGAAAAAUCAUUCCACCCAAAAUGUUCUUAAACUCGCUGUUUCUACUCUUUAGUGCCUCAUUUCUUCUAGUCACAGUUUCUGGAAACGGGGAAUUCAUAGUCCUGCACCACCCCAGAAGUCUAACAUUCAAGGGACACGACCAUGUGAAAGAAAGUAUCCUGAAGGAGCUCUACUCGACGGCGUUGGGUUUCUCAACGGAACAAUACUCCAACUGGAACGGUAUCCUCAUUGAGGACCCAUUCCAUCUAGCUGAAGCUAUUGUAACCGUGGCCGUUGAUGGAGUCCCUGAUAUCGGGAAUAGCAAAGGGCACCACUUCCCCCUGCGGACCAACGACGUGGAGUCAAAUGUGUAUGCAGCCUUGGAGAGACGGGUGUUGGAGAGGUACCCGGAAGGUAACAGCCAGUUGGUCAGGAUUGACCUUGAAAGUGGCUUAGAACAGGUCAACAAAUACAGAAUCUUUGAAGGGGUUAAGCACGACAAAGCCAAGAAACCAAUCCACAAUCAGUUGAAAUUGAACGUGGAUGAAGAUCGGGCGUUUUUGAACGACAUUACGUUGUUGAAUAGUAUUAUAGAUGAGAUCGAGCGGUCUGAUAUUAGUGCAGACAACACCCCUGACGUGUACUGGUUCAAAAUUGAAACUCUCCACGCCUUGACCGACUUAUAUGGAGAAAACUCGACUCAGGUUAAAGAGGCAAAGCAACUUUUGACUGACGCUAUUCUACGUCUGAAUACCGCCUUUAAUAAACUUUACAAAGGCAAAGUAUUAGUGAGUGUUGUCUGUAGCGACGCCAUCCACACCAGAAAAGCCAGAAAUAUUCUAGCUGAUGGGGAUGAACCUGCCCCGAAGUAUAACAUUGCCAAAGCCUACAGUAAGGAUUACCCAGUUAUUUUUAAUAUCAUUCUGUGGUUUGGGGUUGCCAUGGUGUUUACUUUACUGGCGAUUUGCAUUGCCAUUGGUUCGAUGGAUCCUGGAAGAGAUUCUAUUAUUUAUCGCAUGACGAGCACAAGAUUGAAGAAAGAUAAUUAAUUUGAAAUCAAGUUGUUCAUGUGUAUAUUUUGUUUCCAUAGUGAUUAUGUACAUGUAGGUUAAGUAACUAUUAGAUUGUUGCAGUAGGUGUUA